CCCCCCCUUAUCUUCCUAUCUUCUUUAUUUUCCCCUCUUUUUCUUCAUUCUCUGCUACUCUGUUUUUGCCACCCAUUAAUUCUUUCUUCCCAAACCCAAAAAUAUUAUUUCACAAAAAUAAAAAAGGAAGAAAGAAAAAUGGCCCCAAAAUCAGGUCGCAGUAAAGGGCACAAACCAAAAUCCGAGAAGAAGAAGAAAGAGGAAAAAGUUGUUCCUAGUGUUAUUGACAUUAUUGUCAUUACCCCAUAUGACUCACAAGUUACUCUCAAGGGGAUAUCUACUGAUAAGAUAUUAGAUGUGAGAAGGUUACUAGCUUCAAAUGUAGAGACAUGCCAUAUUACCAAUUACUCUUUUUCACAUGAGGUAAGAGGGCAAAAAUUGAAUGACAAAGUUGAAAUUACAUCUCUGAAACCAUGUGUAUUGAAGAUGGUUGAAGAUGAAUAUAAUAACAAGGCCGAAGCAAUGGCCCACGUGAGGAGGCUACUAGACAUUGUGGCAUGUACAAGUUGGUUUAACAAGCCCAAAGGACAGCGGCCCACAUCAUCCGACCACAAAUCGAAAAAGAGUAAGGCCCACAGUCCAAUACAAGUGGGACCACCUCCAUCAAAUGAAGAGCUCAGAAUUCAAAAUGGACCGUCCAUUUCUGUUAUCUCAGAAGAAAAUGACAUGGCUGCUCUUCAUCCAACACCUAAACUCUCCGAAUUUUUUGAGUUUUUCUCUUUCUCUCACCUCUCUCCUCCUCUUCUUGGUAUUAAGAGGUGUGAAAGAAAGUUGGAAGAUAAACGUGAUGGGGACUAUUUUGAAUUACAGAUCAAGAUUUGCAAUGGGAAGAUAAUACAAGUCGUUGCAUCCAAAAAAGGCUUCUACACUUUGGGCAAGCAGUUAGUACAAUCUCACUCCUUAGUGGAUCUCCUGCAUCAACACAGCCAAGCAUUUGCUAAUGCAUAUGAUGCACUUAUCAAAGCGUUUGUGGAACACAAUAAGUUUGGCAAUCUACCUUAUGGAUUCCGUGCAAAUUGUUGGCUUACCCCACCUUCGCUUGCCGAAUCUCCAUCAAACUUCUCGCCCCUGCCAACUGAGGAUGAGAAUUGGGGUGGAAAUGGUGGAGGUCAAGGAAGAAAUGGUGAGCAUGAUCUUCGGCCUUGGGCUACAGAGUUUGCUACGUUGGCUAGUUUGCCUUGCAAAACUGAAGAGGAGAGAGUGAUACGUGAUCGAAAGGCUUUCUUGCUUCACAGUUUAUUUGUCGACGUGUCAAUCUUCAAAGCUGUAGAUACUAUUCGCCAUUUGAUUGAAUCAGACUCCUAUGGAAGAGAUUCCCAUGAAAGCCGUGUGGGUGACCUGUUUAUUGUGGUUAAGCGUGACUUAGCUGAUGCUAACUUGAAGCCGGAUGACAAGUCUCUCUUCUGUGAGGAGUCUGAAACUUCUGCUAGAGGAGUUGUUCAGAGAAAUUUGAUCAAAGGGUUGACUGCAGAUGAAAAUGUGACUGUUCAUGAUAUUUCUUCACUUGGAACUGUCACUUUAAGGUACUGUGGGUACACUGCGACUGUCAAAGUUCUUGGAAAUGUCAAGAAGAAUUUUGAACACCAUGAUGUUGAAGUUGAAGAUCAGCCUGAUGGAGGAGCUAAUGCCCUCAAUGUUUACAGCUUAAGGAUGCCCCUACAUAAGCCAAUUAACGCCGAACUCUCUGGAGAAAGCACAUCUCCCGUGGCACAAUCUGAUGAACUAGAAAAUCCUAGAUCUCAAGUCAUAAAGAUACUUAAUGAUAGUUUAGUCAAAUUGGAAGGGGAGGAAAAACCUGUGGAGGCUGAAGCGGGCAUUAGAUGGGAACUUGGUUCGUGUUGGGUACAGCAUUUGCAGAAGCAGGAAAGUGAAAAAAAUCCUAAGGAAGCUGGCAAUGAGAAGAGUAGUGAAGCUUCUGUUAAAGGUUUGGGAAAAGAAUUCAAAUCGCUAAAGAAAAGAGAGAAAAAGCCGAAUAGUGUGGACUCUUCAGAUGGACAAGAGGAGAAAGAACCUCAAGUUUCUGGCCCUGAAACCAAUGGCUUCUGCAAAGAUACCGAAGUUUCUGAGCUGGAAAAGCUACUCUCUGAAGAAGCUUUCUUACGCUUGAAAGAAUCAGGAACUGGUCUUCAUCUUAAGACUAUAGAUGAACUUAUCAGUAUGAUUCACACCUAUUAUGAUGAAGUUGCUUUACCAAAGCUGGUGACAGAUUUUGCUUCUCUUGAACUUUCUCCUGUUGAUGGACGUACACUUACAGAUUUCAUGCAUCUCAGGGGACUGAAGAUGAGCUCUUUGGGUCGUGUGGUCGAGUUAGCUGAGAAACUUCCUCACAUACAAUCCCUAUGUGUCCAUGAAAUGGUCACCCGGGCUUUCAAGUAUGUUGUGAAAGCUUCUGUUGCUUCUGUUGAUGAUGUGUCACAAAUACCAGCAGCAAUUGCAACAUCUUUGAAUGUCCUCUUUGGGUCCACUUCUACUAAUAAUAGUGACAAUGCCGACUUUGAAGAGUAUGAGCUUAAAGUUAGGUGGUUAAGGGCUUUCCUCUUAAGCCGGUUUGGGUGGAAGCUCAAUGAUGAAUUUCCUCACUUAAGGAAGUUGUCAAUUCUUCGAGGCCUCUGCCACAAGGUUGGUUUUGAGUUGGUUCCAAGAGACUAUGAUGUCGAUGCUCCACACCCUUUUAGGAAAGAGGAUAUUAUCAGCAUGGUUCCUGUAUGCAAGGUAAAUAACUUUCUUAAUUUCCCUUUAUUUUUGUUUUCAUUUGUCCUUUUUUUUUCCCUCUCCUGGUGGACUAAUUCUUGUAAUUAUACUCUGCAGCAUGUGAUAUGCUCCUCUGCAGAUGGCCGAACUCUGUUGGAAUCUUCCAAGGUAGCUCUAGACAAGGGGAAGCUAGAAGACGCUGUUACUUAUGGAACAAAGGCUCUAGCAAAGAUCAUUGCUGUAUGUGGUCCCUAUCAUCGAACAACUGCAGGUGCUUAUAGUCUUCUUGCUGUAGUCUUAUACCACACAGGAGAUUUCAAUCAGGCUACCAUUUAUCAGCAAAAGGCAUUAGAUAUCAAUGAAAGGGAACUUGGUCCUGAUCAUCCUGAUACUAUGAAGAGUUAUGGGGAUCUAUCAGUAUUUUAUUAUCGUCUCCAACACAUCGAAUUAGCACUCAAGUAUGUCAACCGUGCUUUAUUUUUGCUCCACUUUACGUGUGGACUAUCGCACCCAAAUAGUGCUGCAACUUAUAUAAACGUAGCCAUGAUGGAAGAGGGGAUGGGGAAUGUCAACUUUGCUCUCCGCUAUCUCCAUGAAGCCUUGAAAUGCAACAAGAGGCUCUUAGGAGCUGAUCAUAUCCAGACUGCUGCCAGUUAUCAUGCCAUAGCGAUUGCACUUUCAUUAAUGGAGGCCUACUCACUCAGUGUUCAGCAUGAGCAAACUACGCUCAAAAUUCUUCAAGCCAAGCUUGGAGCUGAAGACCUUCGUACACAGGAUGCAGCAGCGUGGCUGGAAUAUUUUGAAUCUAAGGUAAUCGAACAGCAGGAACUAGCAAGGACAGGAACACCAAAACCGGAUGCAUCCAUUGCUAGCAAAGGGCAUCUUAGUGUAUCGGAUCUCCUCGAUUUUAUUAGUCCUGAUCAUGACCCUAAGGGUGGAGAUGCUCAGAAGAAACAUAGGCGUUCAAAGAUAUUGCAGGUUGCUGAAAACAUUCAGGGUCAGGAGCAGGGUCAAGUGUCAAAUGGCUCAGCACCUGAAGAUCAUGACAUAAUAAAUGAUACUGUUGUUGUGGAAGAAAGAACUGUUAUUAAGGAAGAAGCAGAAGAACAAAUUCCUGAAGAAUCAAAUGAUAGCGAUGUUACUAUUGGUGAGCAGGUUGUCUUUGGCGAGGCUGUUGAUACAAGUUCAGAUGAGGGGUGGCAAGAAGCCAGCACGAAAGUGCGUUCUGGUAAUGCUAAUGAGACCAAGUUCCGUAAAAGACGGCCUAAUCAUCUGAAAGUAAAAGUCAAUCACUCUGUAUCUUCAAAGGCUAAAGAAAAUGGCCAUGUAUCUGGAGUCAUGCCAAGAGAGCAGAGAGUGAUGAAUCAUACCGUGAACUUGAAGGAGUCUUCUCCACCAAAGAAAUCAAGAACUCAGGUUCAAUCGAAGAAAACCGUGACUGCUUUAGCUUCGAAGGCAAUUUCCUACAAAGAAGUUGCUAUGUCACCCCCAGGAACUAUUUUCAAGCCUGUGCAGCAGAAUGAAGAAACAGCUAAUGCAGAAGAAAACCAGAAAAUUCCUGAAAUUUCUGAAGAUGUUAGAAAAGGCGAUGAUGCAGAUGAUGUGAAUCUUGUUCAUGAAGAAGAAAGUAAAGCUUCAGAUGAUAUUACAAAUUCUUCUCCACAAGGUGAAUCGAUGGUAGCUCCUGAAAAUGAUGAAACGCCGUGUUUGGAUAGUCAAGAAAAGGCAGCCUUGGAAACAAAAGGGUCAAAACUCUCUGCUUUGGCGCCACCCUUUAAUCCAACAACCCUUGGAGCAACUAAUUUUUACGAGUUCCCUCCUAUUUCUGCUAGAGUUGCAUGUGGUCCAAGGUCACCUUUGUAUUACAGGACAAACCAUUUUGUGCCAGCUAAACAAGGUGGUGCAACAGUCAUGAAUCCUGAUGCUCCUGAAUUUGUACCUCAGAAAUUGGCAGCUGAUGCACCUCCAUCUCCUGAUGUGGUAAAGGAUGCAGGAGAAAUUGAUGGAAAAGAAGUAUCGAAAGAUGAUCGAUCAAAGAAAAGUACUUCUGAGGCUGAAAAGGCAGAGUUAGCAAGGCAAAUUCUACUCAGCUUCAUUGUAAAGUCAGUGCAGAAGAGUUCAUCAGAUCGUUCAAGCGAGUCUGCUAGGACUGUAAAGAAGUCAGGAAACUGGCAGAAUUCUUCAGAAGCUAUAGCAAAUGACAGUGCAAUUAUCAAGAUUUUCCAAGGAAGUGAAGAGAAGGCAGAUGGGGUUGUAAGAUCAAAUGAUCCCGAGAAGAUCAAUGCUAAAUUUGCAAACAAAGUUGGGGAUGGAGAAGGGUUCGUUGUUGUCUCAAAACGUAGGAGAAAUCGACAACAUAUUGCUGCUAAUGCAGUUGGGAAUAACAUAGUAUACAAUCAACAACAAUCAAUUUGCACUUGAAACAAUUCUUUUGCAGUAUUGCAGCAUCAUUUUUGGGGAUGUUGCUGAGUAAAAGUACAUAUAUGAUGGGAAGAAUCAUCGUUGUGGAACCGAUGAAGCGAUGAUUAUACUCCAAUGGAUUGUUAGUUAUGACAAUGGAAAGACAAAUCUGUUUCUCUUUUGUAGAUUUUGGCUGAUAAUAUAACAGCAGCAAAUAAAUUUUUUCUUUUCUUUGCUUUUGUAUCAAAUAGUUUCAAUUAAUGUGUACUGAGGAGUGGGAAUACUUGUUCAUUUAUGUAAUAUCAUGCUUGCUUC